AUGAGGCCGGGGUUGGUGCUAGGUGCUUCUAGCAAUGGUCCAGCGGAAGGCAAAGGCCACCGUCCAUGUUUUUCGGGGGUUGCAUUUCUCCGUUGGCAGGUGAAACGGCCUCGGCAUGAGCUACCUGUCUUCGUGUGUGAGUACCACAAUGAGGCUUUGCGAUGUCUGCAUUUCGGCAUCCGACGGCACAAGGUGCCCUUUGAAGGUCUCACCAUGGUUCACUUAGAUGCCCAUCCUGACCUGUCGGCAUCGACCACUAUGCCCGCCCAGCUGAUUAUGGAGGAACCACAUCAGGCCUACGGUGUACUUCGGGAUGAUCCAGCAGGCAUUGCCCAAUGGAUUUUGCCGGCAGCAUAUGCAGGACAUGUGAAUUGUGUUUGGUGGCUGCGACCUGCGUGGGCACAGCAGAUUGCCGACGGUGACUACCGCGUUCACGUGGGCCAUGCCCUUGCUCCGGCUGCCCCCGCCCAGUCGUCUCGGGAUGCCAGCAGGGUGCGAGGCUCUGCAGUCCCUGUGUCCGAAGACGCGGAGGUGGAGUCGGUGAAGAUCAGCUGCGCGGAGCCUUACUUUGUGGAGGAUGACAUCUUCCGACCCCUGGAGGAAUUGAAAGCCAAACGGCCCUUGCGACUGGUGGUGUCUUUGCUGCCAGAAGCAACUUCAUUGCUGCACCUGGGUGUUGGAUCGCCUUGGAUAUUGGAUGUUUGCUUGGACUUCUUUGCCUGUGGAAACCCUUUCUUGGUGCAGGUGCGUCCGGAGAUAGCACGACCCUUCGCAGAUGUGGUGAACUCUGCCAACUUCCGGAAAGGCUCCGUGUCGGAUGUGCCGAAGUUUUUGGAAGAAAAAGAGGCCUUUGACGCAGCCUAUGACGAGCUCCUGUUGCAGGCAGAGUGCAUCGAUGGCCUUAUUGCACCUUCACGACUCUUUACGAUGUUGGGCAAAGUAGGCGCCGGCGAAGGGCCAAAGGCAGACCCAGAGCUGGACGACACGAUGCGGUAUCAGCUCAAGGCGGUUUUGCAGUUCCUACAAGAGAAAGAGCUGAUUGAAACUCUGGUAGCCCUGGAGUGCGAGACCGGAUUGAAAUAUGUGGACGGCGACUUGCCAGUGGCAGGCGUCCUCCAGUCGAGCUUGGACAUGUACGGGAGGCUUGGGAGCGAUAUGAAGGAGGAGGCUUCUGAUGCCAAGGUGACUGAAGAGGCCUUACAAGCCUUAUCUGACGGUGUGUGUUGCACCGGGUCCUGCGAAACCAUUCCAGGAGUGGCACCGUUCUCUGCCAACGUUACGGCAGUGAAAUGGGCCGCAAGCGUUGGAGAGCACUUGGCCUUGGUGGCUACGGCUGACCGCAAAUUGCGAUUGCUGUAUCCCGAGGGCGUUCUGGAAUACACAGAUCUUGCAUCUCCGCCCUUGGCUUUGGAUGCGUUUGAGCAAGAUGUGCUGGUGACCACCAUGGGUGGCGAAGCUCAUGUCUUGCGCAUUUCCACUUCGGAAUGCAGUGGCUUUGAGCUUCGGCAACUGCAGAGUUUCAAAGAUCACCAGAAGCAGGUCGCCUGUGGCCGUUUCGCUCCGGGUGGCGCAAACUUUGUGACCAUCUCCAGAGAUCACAGCGCCAACGUCUAUGUCCGAGAUGCGAAAAACUCGGAUUUCACCUUGUUGGGGACUUGGAAAUUGGCGGGAGAGGUCACUGCCUGUUGUUGGUUGGACGCGUCCACUCUGAUCCUGGCGGCUCGCGAUGAUCACGAGUUGCACUACUUGGACGUUGCGGCUGACGGGCUCAAGGCCUCGCGCAGUGAAGCCUUUGGCUCCAGCAGCGAGGAAGAAGCAGCGGAGGAAGAGCCAUCAAAACCGCCGGUGCAAGCCAGCAAGAGUGAAUUCUCUUCCAGUAGUGAAGAGCUAGAGGAGAAAGUUGAAGAUGCAAAUGCGCGCAACGAUAACAACGAUCCCAGGCCAUCACAAGUAGCUGCCGAGAAGAGUGGUUUUUCAUCCUCUUCCUCCUCAUCAGAGGAAGAGGAGAAGACCAAGAUCAACAAACAGGAGCUGCGUCCUGAACUGAUGGGUUUGAGUCCUCAGAAAGCUUCAGCUGCAGACUCUGCUGCCAUGGUGGCAAAUGCUGUGCGCCGUGGCUCGGUGAGUGUGGCUGCCAAGAAUAAGGCAGCACCGUCCCUGAGACAAUUUAACGAUGCGAAGAAGAAAGAGAAGGGUCAUGACAAAGGACACAGGAGAAACUCCAGAGUCAUAGUCAUGGAAGAUGAGCCUGGUGGUGCGGCGGAAAAGAUUGAGAGGCAGCGGCGGAUGAGCAACUUGCGCUUGCCAGACCAGCCCAAGGGAUCCAUCUCCGGGACUCCGUCUCCAUCGCCCUCUGGAGUCGUUGGAAGUCCUUCAGGCCCAUCAGGCGCACCAAGUGUCGUACCCUCUGGGUCCUUGAGACCCAGCGUGUCCUCUGCACCGGGUGAUGCAGUUGAGAUAGACUCAACCGACCCGGCCUCACCGGCCUCACCAGUCAUGAAGUCGGGUGGUUUGUUGGAACCGCCGCCCAUUGGAACACCAGGACCACCUGGAGAGCAUUCGCAAAGUGUCUUAAUGACACCCCUUACAACUGGCCCACAGCCCAGCCGCAGUGAAGUUCCGCAAACGACCCCGAGUCGGCGGACCAGCAAUGUGCCGGUUCCCAAACUCAGUGUAGAGUCAGACAGCGUUGGGCCGCGAACCCGGUGGCAAUACAUCAAGGAAGAAGCUGUUCCAACGUGUCGGCAGAUCAAUCGAAGUAAGGCUUUCCUGCUCAUCAUGUUUGUUGCACUACUUUUCGCACUUUUCUUUCCAGAUCUUUGGAUUUUGGUGGACCGGCCAACAAACGUGGACCUGGAUGUGCUACUUACACUAGUCUUCCUGAUGUUUGUCUUCGAAUUUGCAGUGCAGUGCAUAGCAGGGCGACACACCUAUGUUGGUUCCUUUUUCUUCUACAUGGAUAUCCUUGGUGGGCUUUCCCUCCUGCUGGAUCUGAACUAUAUAGGGAUCCAGGCCUUGAUCCAAAGUGCUGGAGAUGUUGGCAACCAGGUGAUCAUCGCGCGUGCUGCGCGCAUUGCGAAGCUUGGUGCCCGCGUGGGGCGCUUCACGAAGAUGGUGAAGAUGUUGCGCUUUCUGCCUGGGAUGGGUGGUGAGAAGGCUCAAGGCAGUGCGAAGGUCAUCAACAGUCGACUCACUCAUUCACUCUCGACAUGGGUCUCCUGCUUGAUCAUCCUGCUGGUGCUUAUCAUCCCUAUGUUCUCCAUGUGGAGCUUCCCACAAACGGAUCAAUCCCUGCUGAGCUGGGCGCAGCGUUUGGAUGAUGUUUCCUACGCGAGGCCUGAUGUCUUGACCAGAGAGCUGGAGAAGUUUGAUGCAUUUUACACCACCAUGAAUUAUUUUCCUUACAAAGUGGAUGUCAAGGAUGGCGUUACUGUCCUCCCAACCGCCACUCUGACCAUUUUGCCGUGGAAUGGUCGAAGUGCCCCUUCUCGGAGCGAUGGAGUUCAGAUACAUGAGAGCGAUUAUUUGAGCAUCAGCUUCAACUUCACCGGUCCAAAUCAGACGGACUCGGGCAUGAAUUUGCUCCUGCUUUUAUUUGUGAUGAUUUUGAUGGUGAGCUUUUCCAUGGUGCUGCAAAAGACCACCUCCAAGAUGAUCUUGCAUCCCAUUGAGAAGUUGUUGACCCAGGUGAAGGACACGGCCUCGAGUAUUUUUGAAAGUGUCCCGGAUUUGGGCGGACCAGGGGAAGAGGAGGAGGACUCCAGUGAUGAUGAGAACAAUGAAGAUGGCACUUGGAAGGCUGCAAACUUCAAGGAGGAAAUUCAUUUGUUGGACAAAGUGGUGCAAAAGGUCACCGACCUCCAAAAACGAGAGGAUAAGACGGACAGUUCAGCUGGACAGUGGGUCGGUGCUCGAACCGAAGGCGAUGAGACUCAAGGCAAGAAGAAGGGUGGUCGUAUGGCUGGAAGCAUUUUCCAGGCCCAGAGUGGUGAAAAGGAGCCAGAAACCGAUACCAUGACCAUGGUACAAACCCAAUACAAGCUAUUGGAAGAUGCUGGUUUGUCCGUGGAGGCCCUGAGUACUUGGAAGUUGAGCCCCUUGGAAUUUGAUCCAAUCAUGAACCGAGCCGCUGCAGCUUUCAUCAUUGGCCCAGCCAACCAUGGUAUUCGGUGUGAAGGAUUCUUGCAAGCCUUUGUAGAAGAGGUGGAGACGAGUUACAGCCGAUCCAAUGCUUACCACAACUGGUUCCAUGCUGUCGACGUGGCGCAUGCCACUUGGAGACUAGCAAAUCUCUGCAAUGUCAUCGACUUCUUGGAUUACCAUGAGACCUUUGCUGUGCUGGUUGCUUCCCUGGCACACGAUUUAGGCCACCCAGGGGUCAAUGCUCGAUUUUUGAUUGAGACCAAGCACACCCUGGCCAUGACGUACAACGACAGGUCUCCUUUGCAGCAGAUGAGCAGCUCCAAGCUGUUUGAGAUCACGAAGAAGCCGAACUGUGGAAUUUUCUCGGUGCUGUCACGGAAUCAUUACAUGGCUGCCCGGAAGGCUUGCAUUCAAGCCAUCCUUGCGACGGACACAGCGUUGCACUUCCAAAAUGUCAAGAAGGUGCAGAUGCUCUACGAGAUGAACAGCGAGGUCCUGGACCAUGCGGCGGAAAUCUUCCGCGAUUCACGGGAUGAGGAUGAAGAGCCCAACUUUCCAAUUCCCGAAGUCGUGGAUGUUUUCAAAGAGCCGAGCACCAAACAAACAUUGAUGGAUUUGAUGGUUCAUGCAGCCGACACUUCCAACCCUACGAAGCCCUGGAGGAUUUGCCAAAUCUGGGUCCAGAAGGCCAUGGAGGAGAACUUUCUGCAGGGCGACGAAGAGAAGUUGUUGGGUCUUCCGGUGCACGCCCUGAAUGACCGCGAGAAGGCCAACUUGCCCUAUGGCCAGAUUGGUUUCAUCGAGUACUUGGUUGCUCCUUUUCUCCUGACCGUCACCAAGGUGCUGCCGCCGGCCGAGGAUAUGCUGAUGCAGCUGAUGCUGAAUCUCAAGAGUUGGCACAAACGUUGGGAGGCAGAGUGCUCGCCCCGCGAAGAAGAGCGCAUUGCCAUGCGUGGACGUCUUGCUGAAGUGAUCCGGUCCUUCAGAGAAAGCAGGCAGAAUUUCCUGCCUGAGUCUAUGCGUGUGAAUCUGAAUGCCUUGGGCGACCGGGUCGUUUCCUUCGCGGUGUUGGCAUUAAGUGUAUCCCCAAACGGCUCCAUGGUGGCAGCAUGCACGGACCGGUCCAGGGUCAUUGUGCUGCAGGCGCGCAGCAGCCGUCAACUUCGAAACUUGUAUGGUGCUUCGGUGAACGAGUACGACCUGCCAAGUGUUUGCUUCUCCUUGGAUAGUUGCUUUCUUUACGUCUCCUCCUCAUUGCCGCAGCCAAGAGAGGAGGUGAAGGUUCUUUGUGGGCAGCUGGCGAUCUUUGAGCUGCGCAGUGCCCGACUGGUGCUGCAGCUGCCUUGCCACGAGAAAGCGGUGCGUUGCUUCGAUCGUCAUCCCUUCACUGAGAUGCUGGUGACUGGCUCCUUCGACAAGACUGCCGAGAACCAACUGGAGAACCUGGAGACCUUGGGCGCCUUGGGCGCGUUCCUUCCAGCCGAACGAAGGGAGGAGCUCCUGACUGCGCUGGCCAAUGCCUUGGCUGCUGCACGCGACUCCGAGUUGGAAGCCCUGAAGGACGCACAUGACAUGGCAGCACUGCCGUUCUUUGCGCCCACUGAAGAAGAGGUGAGAGACCGCCUGGCAGAGUUCGAGGCCUUUGUGGCACGUCUACCUGACAGGCCAAAAAUGGUCACCCUGGCACGCUCUGUGGUCGAUGGCUUUUGCCCUAUGCGGUGGCUUUGCUUGCUGGAAACCCACAUUUUGGAGGUGCUGAAAAAGCUUUAUGGCCCGCUUGAUGUGGUCUACACUGAUGAACUUGAUGCUGCCGAGAUGGCGUCCGCAUCCAACUGGGGGAAGAUCAAAAAGAACAGCCACAGGAUGCUGUCCGGCAAGCCACCCCCCACCGUCACGGCGAAGCCCAGAGCUGCCUCCGAUGGUAUCGAUACGACUGGAGUGCAACCAGUGCAACCAGUGAAACACAUCGUCCUUUGGUCCUUUGAUUUCAUGGGGCCCAUGGGGUCGUCCAUUCCCAAAUGGGACAUUGGCUUGAUUUUGAUCGGUUCCAUCUUGAAUCGACACAGUUUCAGCCACGGAAUUUCCACUGCAAGACAUGACGUCUUUCAGACCUUCAACCUCAAUGGGCUUCCAGAUCGUGCUUUGGGUCGUGUCAACACGUCCUCCCCGCACGUGGCUGGCUUCAGCGACUCUCCAGUAGUUUAUCGUCUUCCCGGAGACCAGCCGCAACGACAUACAUGGCUGAGCGGAUCGGGUGUGUCCAGUGCGCGUGGCUGCAAUGCUUUUUUGUAUGAGCUUUGA